AGAAUUUUUCAGUCGAAAGUCGAUUAUAUUCAUGGUUCGGCAUCGUUCAAAAAAGAUGGCUCAGUUGAGGUGAAUGGUAAACUGUAUAAAGGCAAACAUACGCUGAUCGCUACUGGAGGAUAUCCAAAUUUCCCAGCAGAUAUACCUGGUGCUGAAUUGGGUAUAACAAGUGAUGGUUUCUUUGAACUGAAUGAUCUUCCCAAGUGA